CGAGUGCGUGGCGUGACUCGGUAAACGAAGCCUUUAAAAGGGCGACAGUCUGCGAGCAUUGCUACGAGUUUCUGUGCAGUGCUGUGAUAUACGCGACUUCACCAUGAGUUCGCCCUCGGGUGUUAUCUGUUGGUGUUUCCUCGCUCUUGCGGUUUGGCACGUCAGCGCUAUCGCAAACCCCAACACCAAGGACAAGAAGGAUGACGACUACCUUUCGGACGAGGAGGCUGUGAAGUACAUGAAUGAGCACCCAGGUUACCGCCCGAACUUCGACUUCGUCCCCAUGGAUUUGGCGGCCACCACCUUGACGGGCGGCCGGGACUUCGAGAACUUGGACGACCGACGCCCCCAGGACAACAGACGCCCCACCCAGGACAACAGACGCCCCUCCCAGGACGACCAACGCCCCCAGAGCCCCCUCAGACGACAGCAGUCCCUCAGCGCCGAGGAGAAGCGCGCUUUCCUCCAGCGACAACAGUCCCGCCUCGCGGCGGACGGACGCCCCAAGCCCCAGCUCCAGAGACAGAACUCCGGCCCCAAACCGACAAACUCCCCGAAGAGAUCCGACUCGCAGAGACUCAGAGCCGCCGCUGCUCUCAAAAAGUCGCCCAGCAUCAAGUCCGCGAGCCUCACCAAGUCCAAAAGCCUCAAGAAACCAGGGAACUCUCCGGGGCGCUCGCAAUCGCCAAGACGAGCUGCGGCGCCCGCAGCGUAGGCAGCCCGCUGGACCGCUUGGAACCACGAUCGUAGAGUACAUGGGACCGUUUUAAUAGUCGUUCCUUGUGAUGUCAAAGGACGCCUUCGACGUAGCAUCGAAUAAAGGAAAAAUAUUACAAAAUUUAGGUAAAAUAAUAGUCGUUCUUUUGGUAGAUUUUCCCCUGGGAGAAGCCCCGUCUAUUGUUUUAUCUUAAGGGAUGUUAAAGGACGACUUCAACGUAGCAUCAAAUAAAGGAAAAAUAUUACAAAAUGUGGGUAAAAUAAUAGUCGUUCCUUUGGUAGAUAUUUCCCUGGGAGAAGCCCCGUCUAUUGAUUUAUCGUGAUUAAGGGAUGUCAAAGGACGACUUCAACGUAGCAUCAAAUAAAGGAAAAAUAUUGCGAAAUCCGGGUAAAAUAAUAGUCGUUCCUUUGGUAGAUUUUCCCCUGGGAGAGGCCCCGUCUAUGGUUUUAUCGUGAUUAAGGGAUGUCAAAGGACGCCUUCGACGUAGCAUCAAAUAAAGGAAAAAUAUUGCGAAAUCCGGGUAAAAUAAUAGUCGUUCCUUUGGUAGAUUUUCCCCGGGGAGAGGCCCCGUCUAUGGUUUUAUCGUGAUUAAGGGAUGUCAAAGGACGCCUUCGACGUAGCAUCAAAUAAAGGAAAAAUAUUACAAAAUUUGGGUAAAAUAAUAGUCGUUCUUUCGGUAGAUUUUCCCCUGGGAGAAGCCCCGUCUAUUGUUUUACCGUGAUUAAGGUAGAGGCGGAUCCAGCAAUUUGGCAACACCGGAUAUUCUCCAUUUAAACCUAUGUUAAAUAAUCGAUUUUUGUCGGAGCACCUGGCCCCUUUAAAAAUUGAUACAUUUUCAUAUGUUUAAAUGGAGAAAAACAACGUUGCCAAUUUGCUGGAUCUGUCAAUGGAUUAAGGGAUGUUAAAGGGCGCCUUUGAUGUAGCAUCAAAUAAAGGAAAAAUAUUACAAAACUUGGGUAAAAUUCAACAUCGCGACUUGGGGGAUGGAUUCUUGCCAAUGAUGACGAUGAUCGGCCUCUACACAAAAUACGAGAGAAGUCUGUGGAUUUUGUUGAACUUCAACGUAGGUGCAAACAUGGCUUGAAAUUUUUUUCCGUAUGAUAAAAUCAGAUCAUGUUAUCCGUUAAAGAUACCGUUGAAUAAUACUCAAUAUUUAUAAUAAUUGUGGUUUUUACGAUGCGACAGAGUAAUUUUAAAACCUCCCAUAAUAGCGCUGUUAACCAGUAGGUCGCAUUCAAAAAGAGCUAUUGAAGGAGCGACUGUUGAAACGGAUUUUAUGAUGCGACAGUAGAGUAAUUUUCAAACCUCCCAUGAUAGCACUGUUAACCAUUAGGUCGCAUUUAAAAAAGAGCUAUUGAAGGAGCGACUGUUGAAACGGUUUUUAUAGUCGUGUUCGGAAUGGGAGAUCCGUCUAUAUUUUUAAGCAUGUUCCAUCCUAAAAAUCCUGGGAUCCUUCUUAAAUCUCAUGUACUCUACAACCACUACAUACGGCAAUAAACACACGGAGAUUUCCCGGGCACCAUUAGUGCUACGCAUACACUGGACUGGAUACACUGGUGUAUACUGGAUUACGAUCGGCUUCUAGCAUUGAACAUGCUUUGAUGCAUUUACCCUUGUCUGCCAGCCAGACAAACUUUCUCUAUUAACAUCGAUUACGUUUGGAUUCAUUCACCCUCAUCUGUCAGAAAAACACUUUUGUAUGAAUACAGUCGAAUUUCCGAGGGUGGAUUUGGAUUAGGUCUUAACAUUAACUAUCACCAACCUCCGUUAAAACACAUAUUCAAUUUCUCGCGUGUUUUGAGUACUUCGUGGUUUCCAACCGUGCCUAAAACUGAACCGGAUUCACUAGCGGAAAUUUGACUUGGUCAACAAAGGCUUCUUGUAGACCCGUUUUUGAAAUACAUAGGUUUAUCGCACAAUGAAA